ACCUUGUCAUGCUUGGGGUUUUUCAAGAUUUACUCAAAAUGACCGGCUUUCCAAUGGAAUCGACUGGUGUAUGUCAAUCGCAGACUUGUCUGUUGACAGCUGCUUCCAUUCUACAUGACAUCGAUAAGAAAGUGGAUCCAUGUACAGAUUUUUAUCAGUAUUCCUGUGGAGGCUGGAUAAAUGCGCAUAAGAUUAGAGAUGAUCAAGCUCAAACUGGCUCUUUUGACAACGUCUCUGAAGAUAUCGAAAAUAUACUGAAGCAGAUUUUCGAAAAUACUUACGACAACUUGCAUACUUUUGGCAACUUUACUGUAGAUCCCGAUUUGAAGGCAAAAGACGAAGAAAUUUUUGACAAGGCCAAACACUACUAUGAGAGCUGUAUUGACGAAGCUGCCAUCGACAGCCGCGGAAGUGAACCGAUUCGCACUCUCCUGGAAAAGUUCAACUCCAUAUGGGAAGACAGUAAAAGAAAUAACAUUGAAUCUAUUACUUCCGCAAUGUCCUUUUUAAUCUCGAACGGCGCAUAUCCGUUCUUUGCGUUUGACGGAGAUGCAGAUGCGGAAAAUCCUGGAGUUAACACUCUUACUCUCGGACAAAGUGGUCUGCAACUUCCUUCAAAGCAAUACUAUACUGUACCAGCAACAAUGGAACUGUACAAAGGAGCAGUCAACGACAUUUGGUCAGCUAUAUUCACGCAGAAGGAUAGUAAAAUUUUUGGUGCGGACCAUAACAUUUCAGCAGCAGUCGACAGUCUUGUCAAAUUCGAAACAGCUUUGGCUAAUAUCAGCAAUAGCUCAGACGAAUUGCGCGACCCUGUUGCAAACUAUAAUCCUAUGACCGUCAAAAAUCUGACCUCAACAGUUCCGAAUAUCGAUUGGCACUUAAUGGUGUCUAAACUGCAAGCUUCAACUGUUCCCGUAGAUACUAUUAUAGUAGAGUCUCCUCAAUAUCUUGUCAGUGUUGGAAAACUCAUCGCUGAGACCGACGUCAUGAUCGUGCGAUACCAUUUUAUUAAUGUUUUGAUAUUUUCGCUCAUCGAUACUCUAUCCACGUCAAUUCGGGCACCUAAUGUCAAGCUCUCAGCGAUUUUGGAUGGCACAAAAGUUAUUCCUCCCCGCUGGAAAACUUGCAUGCGUAAUGUUGGAGAUGUUCUCGGACAACUUGUCGGUCGGUACUAUGCCAUAACGAAAUUUGGCACAGAUGCUCAAAGUUUUUCAGACGCCUUUUUGCACACCAUAAGAGAUUCUCUGGAGCAACGCCUACAGGCUCUUGAUUUCCUAGAUGAUGUAACCAGACAAAGGGCUUUGGAUAAGCUUCAUAAAAUUGUUCAAAAAGUUGGCUACAGUAAAUCCGAACCAGACGUCAUGUCGCCAGAGUCCCUGGAUAUGUAUUACAAAAGCAUUUCAUCAAUCCCUGACCAGUACUUUGAUAACUACCUCUCUUACCUACAAUGGGACUCCAAGCGCACGUGGGAGAUCUAUGGCAAACCUGUGAACAGACUACGCUGGGGAAUGAAUCCACAAGACGUCAAUGCCUACUACAACCCACUUUUGAACGAAAUUGUAUUUCCAGCUGGCAUUCUCCAAAUGCCCUUCUUUGAUUUGGAAUAUCCAAGUUGUCUCAACUAUGGUGGCAUUGGUGCCGUAAUGGGACAUGAACUGACGCAUGCCUUCGAUGAUUCGGGUAGACAAUACGAUGAAGACGGAAGAAUAGCUUCCUGGUGGUUGAAGGAGACUGAGGCAAAAUUCGAUGAGAGAGCACAAUGCUUUGUCAAACAGUACUCAGCCUUUACGGUGACUGGGUCUGACAAUCAAUCUGUCAAUGUCAAUGGAAAGCUUACUCUCGGAGAGAACUUGGCGGAUAAUGGUGGCGUACUCAUCGCCUUCAAUGCCUGGCGUAACAGUUUAGCUAAUGCGACAGUGGAUCAACCCAAUAGCGAACAAACUUUACCUGGACUUGAAGAGUUCACUCCUGAACAGCUCUUCUUCAUCAACUAUGGACGUAUCUGGUGCCAAAACAUCAGACCAGAGAAAAGUGUUAAAAGGAUUUAUACCGAUCCACAUUCGCCGAACAGAUGGCGCGUUAAUGGUGUGGCUCAAAACUCGGACGAAUUCGCCAAAGCUUUCAAAUGCCCUCCAAAAGCGCCAAUGAACACCGAAGCCAAAUGUCAUCUAUGGUAGCUUGUAUAUCAUUUGCAUGCUAUUUCUUAAUAAAACAUUGCAGGAUAAGAACCCAUUGUACU